AUGCAUUUGAAAGCCACCGCGGCAGCAAUCACUCUUCUUCUUGCUUUUGGUCCGCAGGCUGGGAUCGCCCGGGAUGUCCCCAGGAGCCUAAAGGCCUUCUACGACUCCGCCAAGAAUGGAGGAACCUGCUCUGGAAGCGAUCUCCUUCAGGGCGGGUUCUACGACGAGGACGACGGUUCCAAAAACUACGGGUACUGCCGAAAGGGCAUGAAGGACAAAGGAUUCUACCUCAAGGGCCCUAGUAGCAAACUCACCAACAUGGACAUUGACUGCGAUGGUCAUCAAACCAAGGGCGAUGGCCGUUGUGGAGGCUCGAGCGAUACUCAAUCGCAGACCAGAUGGAAGGACGAGGUCAAGAAGUAUGGUGGAAUCUCGGAUUUGAACGCCUACAUACACCCGUACAUCGUUCUCGGCAACGAAGGCGACUACCACCCCACCUUUGAUCCUCGCAAGGUUGGCGUGGAGCCCCUGAGUAUUGUAGCGGUGGUUUGCAACAACCGUCUUGUGUACGGUGUCUGGGGUGACACCAACGGCGACGAUGGCAAGCCCUUGCUCGGCGAGGCGAGUAUCGCUACGGCUGAUCUGUGCUUUGGCAAGAAGUACAAUGCCGAUAGUGGUCAUGACGACGAAGAUGUCCUCUACAUUGCCUUCUCCGGCAAGGACGCCGUCCCCGGCAAGAAUGCCAAGUGGGAUGCGAGCAGCGCUGACGAGUUCGAGGAGAGCAUCAGUGCGCUCGGUGACAAGCUUGUUGCUGGCCUGGUCGGCGGCUCAAACAGCUCUGCUUCGCUGAUCCGUGGCUCUCGC